AUGUCUGGAGAAGAUGAAAAACCUGAUGAUCCGGUUCAGAGAGAUCCUGUUCAGGAAGAACUGCUGACCAGACUUCAUGGCGUGGGACUCUGCUCAGAGUACUGGCUCCCCAAGCUACGGGACAAACUGGGGGUUACCUCUCUGCAAGCUUUGAAACACCUGCAGUAUGAAGACUAUCUAAAGCUUGAGUGUGAAGUGGAGCACCCAUGGGAAAAGCGGGCACUUCAACAGCUUCUCAAAUUAAGAGGCAGCAAGACAACAAUGAAGCAGCUGCAGGAAGAGCGCUUGGAGAGGCUACAGAAGAAGCAAGAAAAAGCCAAGCUAGCACUGGAGGAGCUAAAGGAAAUGCAGGAAAGUGGCCGAAGCCGCCACGAGGAAGAGGUGAAAUGCAAAGAGGAACGACUGUGGCAAGCAAUGGAUGUACCCCGUGAGUAUUGGGUGUCGUCUGAGAAGCCUUUGGUGGAGGUGAUAGAGAACAUGCAGAAGCAACUAAACCUCCUGGAGGAGUCGGUGUCCAAGGGGGAGAACAUCCCCGACGAGGAGGUGCUGAGGUGGGCGUCAGGAGGGCUGGCCCUGCAGGGCAUUUACAGAACAGACAAGCUUGAGGACCUGCUGGAGAAGAGAGAGCCGCUCAUAACCGUUCCAGACGGGUUCAAGCUCUCCGGCCCAGAGCAAGGGCCCCUGUUUGAGAAGAAGGAGUUUUCAUCGUCCAGAACAGAAUCCACCUUCACCAAGACCAUGGAGAAGCUGGGCUUCAGCAUAAGUGUUGCAGCCAAAGGUGGAUUCUGGGGGUUUAGUGCCGAAACCAGUACAGAUUACAGCACAGCUUCAGAACAUGAAGACACCCACAGGUCUCGCUCUGAGCACACGUACAUUUGCACUGCCAAGUACAGCUACAUCCCACUGGCCUCCUGCUACUUCCCAAAGGACCAACUUCGACUGUCUAAUGCAGCAUUGCAAGAGUUAACAGGGAUUGAGCAGCUUCUGAGUCACACCCCGGAGCCAGACAGGCUGGAGAUGCUGAAAAGCCGGUAUGGGGGUUUCUUCACCAGAUUUGGGUCUCACGUUAACCAGGGCCCCCUCCACUUCGGUGGGAUCUUCUGGUGGAAAGCGUCUUCCGAGGGAUUUCGGGCAGAGCGGCUGGACGAGGUGAAGAAACAGACGUCUGAUGCCCUUAACUCCUAUGUAGGGGGCAGCUUCACGGGCUUUGGUUUCAGUGCUGCUGUAGGUGUUAAUGUAUCAAAAUCAAACUCUGCAGCAUCGUUCCAGGGCACGGUGAGAGAAAACCAGGAAACAAAGAUUCAGCUGUUUGUGACCAAGACGGGAGGCCCCCCUGACGUGGAUGGUCUUGCACAAUGGAAAUCGGAGCUUGUGAUUAAUAACCAAACUUGGUGCAUUAUAGACCGAGGCUUCCAGCUGAUCCCAGUGUGGGACAUUAUCCUGGCCAAUCACAGACAGGACUUUGCCGACGUUCAUCAGGUGAGCAACAGUCUUCGGGCUGCCUACACAGCACUGACAAACCAAAGCACCAGCCCAUUGUUUGGAGAGGGAUUAAUUAGCGCAGUAGAGGAGGCGAAGGCAUUCUUGGAGGAUCUGAAGACCUGGCACGUCACUGGGGACGAAGAGCAGUUGUUGAAGUUAAUGGACUUCAAACAGAAGCUGAAUGAAAGAACAAAGAACUACAGCGUGUGGAUCAGUGUCUGCCUGUCACACAAGGGGCUUCAGGACUUCUUAGAAAAGACAGUUUCUCUGUGCAGAGAGUUGCCGGCACAAAACACCUUUUCCAUCAGAUCUCAGCUGCGCUGCCUUCUGGACCCUCACGUCUACUCCGUGAAGAACUUCCCCCGAUCCUCUCUCGUUAUGCAGUGGGUUUUCCACACUGAGGAUGCGAGUCCAAACCCCGUCAGCGUCUCGGACUUUCCAGCCCUUACUGAGACACUGCAGCAAAUGAAGAGUUACAUACAGGAGGUCACCUAUGAGCCACUGUCCUCUGCAGCAGCCGUUCAAGAAGCAAAGGUAAAGGCUACAACACAUGUCAGCUUGGCUUUGUCUUCUCUACUGGAGGGUCUGCGGGAGAGAGCACAGACGGACACAGAACUGCUACUGCUCUCCAUUGCCGCCAGCACUGGAUACCAGGUGGAAAGCCACACCUUUCAGCACCUCCUUGGAAGUCCCGACAUUAACUUCAUGCUAAGGGAAAUGCAAACAGCACAUGAAGAAUAUUUGACUCUGAGGGAUGGGGAUGUUUACAGAGCUCAGGCUUUCCUGCUGCUGACGUGUCUGACAAUAACCCCCAAAUCCAGAGAUGUGUCUCCAGAGCAAAAGAGCAAGCGACUGGCUUUUUUAGAAGGUCGCAUGGGAGACUCGUGGUGUCCUGAAUUGACAAGUGUCCUUCGAAAGUAUAGGGCAUGCCGUGAUUGGGAAGGCCUGGGAAGAGACUUGAAUUCCCUCAUAGAAGGAGAACUGGAAGCCACAAAUGAUGAUAUGAAGAAACAGAUAAUAAUAAAAGAAAUGGAAGAAAUCUUUCAAGGAAGAAAACCUUCAAACCUACCAAACUCCAAACCUCUUGUGAAAUCCAGCAGUGGCCAAAUGCAGGAAACUACUGAAAACCAAGCGUUUCUGAAUUUAUUGAAGCGACUGGGACUUGCCAGCUAUUAUCCACAGAAAAUGGGGCGAGCAGAUUUCCACAUCAUUUACAAGACCUCUGUGCAUGACAGCCAGCCCAGCAAGGACAGUGAGCUGCCAUUUUAUUUUUUGCAAAAGCUGAUGAUGCUGGACUACCGUGUAAGGUAUCUGGUUUGCAAGGAUGACACGAAAACUGAACAAGACCCAGCAAAUGCACCAACAACCCAAGGCAAUGAGGACGAAUCCUCCGAUACAUUUGAUGACUUUUUUAAUGACUUCAGUGAGGAAGCCAGUGAAUCUGCCGUCAGUCAGACACACGUGCAUCCAAUGGACAUCCAGAUGGCAAUUUUUCACUGUGCCGAUGAUUUCAUGAGGCAAUACGUUUGCACAAAGCUUGCGCUCUGCCAGUUUGCCCUCCCACUGCUGGUGCCAAGUCCUCAUGGCUCCCAGAUACAAUUCCCUCUUUGGGCCCUUAGCCAGCUCCAAAAGAGCUGGAAAGGCGCUGAGAAAUCUGGAGUGGACACAAGAACUAAAAAUAACAAAAACAAACUGAUUUACCGAGUGGACACCCCAGUGGUGUCCUUCAUGCGCAUUGGGGAUUCUCCUGCUUCUUCUAAGUCUCAGAUCCUGAACGCGCUGCUGAGCAAGCACAAGCACAAUAUCUUUUUCCAUCGUCAUUGUAGAGGCAGCAGCCAAGACUGCCUCCUAAUGAGAGGAGUUGUGGAAAUCUUCUGGUAUUGUCCGGGUGGGAGAGAUGACGAUCGAUUUGACAACUGCAUUGCCUUUACUAACCUGCACGGAGAUGCACGAGAACACGAGCAACAAAUCCAGUUCUUACAGGAAGUUUCUUCUAUUAACGUGCUUCUCAUCACUGAGUCAGGUCAGAAUGAUAAAAAAAGUAUGAAAAUUAUACAUGAUCUCUGGCAAUCUAAAAAACCUCUGAUCUGUCUUCUUGCUGACAAAGAGAAGGUUGUGGCUGGAAGAUCUACCCAGAACAUCAAAAUAGCCCUCAAGAACAGGAACGAAGCAGAGCUGAUAGACGAGCUGACCACAACCAUUACGCAUUUACUGGCAGGCUCACACCGCACUGUCAGUCUGGAGGCCUGUGGAGAGAUCGCUCGCCAGCACGGUUUCCUCAUUGAUGAAGACAAGGAAGAGUGUAAGGAAGCCAAAGCUGUGGCACAGACUCUGGUGACGCUCCUGAAAGAGAAUAAAUUGCGUGACAUCAAGGAAAAGCUACUGCCCUUGCAAGGAGAGUUGUGGCACAAGUGGUGCAGAAAGGACAAGGAACUUACCCGCCUGCAGGACAAAAGGAACCGAAGCAUUGAGCAGCACCGGAGUAAGAUUGAGUCAGAAAAGUCUGUGAUACGAAAUAAGCAGCUGAAAAGAGCAUUCCCCCUCAAUGACCUGAUGAGGUCCAUGCUUGAAUUUCUCCAGACACAUCCAGAGGCCACCAAAAAGUACUUCUUGCAGUGGAUGAAAGUCUUCAUGGAUGACCUGUCCUCCGACCGGCUUGCAGUUCUUCAACAAGAUUAUCAUAAAUUAUGGUCUCAAAUCUUGGUACUAAAGAAAAAAGGUGUGGAUGAUGGCUUGAAAAAUAAGUUGUUGAGAGAGUUAGAGGCACUCUCAAAUGAAAUAAAUGAUUCUACCAUUGGCCUUGAGCACAUUUUGAGAGAGGUUGGGCAGAUUUAUGAAGCUUUGGAGGCCAUGAAUGAAAGGGAUAAAUGUUUUCAUGAACUACCUCAAAUUGCCGCUGACCUGAUGGUUUCAGGGUAUCCCGUUGAGCUGAUGGACGGUGACGCUUCCUACGUGCCACUAAAAUGGGUGGGAGCAGUUUUUGACAGAUUGAUUGAGAAGCUGGGAGACAAAAAGGUGUUUGUUCUCUCGGUGCUCGGCAUCCAGAGCACUGGAAAAUCAACACUGCUCAACGCCAUGUUUGGCCUGCAGUUCAACGUCAGUGCAGGGCGAUGCACCAGGGGAGCUUUUAUGCAGCUCAUUAAAGUGGAUGAGAAACUCCAACAAGAUCUGCACUUUGAUUACUUAUUUGUAGUUGAUACUGAGGGGCUUCGGGCCAUGGAGCUGGCCAAUAAAAUGUCACUCAAUCAUGACAAUGAGCUGGCCACUUUCGUCAUUGGUAUUGGCAACAUGACAUUAAUCAAUAUAUUUGGGGAGAAUCCCUCAGAAAUGCAGGACAUCCUUCAGAUUGCAGUGCAGGCUUUUCUGAGGAUGAAGCAAGUCCGUCUCUCCCCAGGCUGUUUGUUUGUGCACCAAAAUGUUGGUGAAAUCACUGCAAAAGAGCAGAACAUGGAAGGACAAAGGCGCUUGCAGGAAAAGUUAGAUGAAAUGACGGUCACAGCAGCCCAGCAGGAGUUCUGUGAUGCCACCUGCUUUAACGAUGUGAUCCGGUUUGAUGUGAACAGCCACAUCCACUACUUUGCUCACCUGUGGGAAGGGAACCCACCCAUGGCCCCCCCAAAUCCCAGGUACAGCCAGAACGUGCAGGACCUGAAGAACAGCAUCCUCAUGACUUCCAAACAAGAAUCCCAGGGCAGUGUGUUAAAGCUCUCAGGAUUAAAGGACCGCAUCAGUGACCUGUGGAGUGCUUUGCUGAAUGAGAAUUUUAUUUUCAGCUUCAAGAAUUCACUGGAGAUUGCAACGUACAAGAAGUUAGAAGUGAUGUAUGGCCAAUGGACGUGGCAGCUGAGAAGCCACAUACUGGAUUUGGAAACGAAACUGAGCAAUCGCAUUCGGAAUGGAGACAUGCUCCAGGUCAGGCACGGAAACCUGGAAGAGCAAGUUCAAGAAAAGUACAGUGCCAUCAUGAAGGAGUUUGAAAAGUAUUUCAGUGAGGACAAGGACUCGGAGAUGUUGAUCCGGUGGAAAGGCGGCAUUGAACUGAAGCUGAAAGAUCUGAGGGAGUCACUUGUGGCAGAAACAAAGAAGAAGUGUGAAAAACUCAUUGAACUGAAGAAGAACCAAAGCAAGUUAGAUGAAAAGAAGUCAGAGUAUGAGAAUGAACUUUUCAAAAGAAGCAAAGACUUGGCUCUGUCACUAAAAGGCAAGGAACUGAGUGAAAGUGAACUGAGACGCAGCUUUAACUCCCUCUGGACUGGCUGGGUCACUGAAGUGUCCUCAGCGGCUCCACCUGCUGAAGAGCCUGAUAUUGAUGUUGACCUGGAGAAUAUCCUUCUGGAGCCGCUUCCCCAGGCAGUGUACGACAAGACUGCCAUUGACAUCGCCAGUGAGAUGAGGGCCAACUAUCCAGCCUUCAAUGGCAAUCGAUCCAAACUAGAAGCCUAUGUUCUGAAAUCCCUGGCAGAAGAGGAAAACUUUGACAAGUACCGGCAGUACAUUCACUUCCCAAAGGACUUCAUAGAGAGUUUUAUCAAAAAUCUUGUAGCAAGCGAUUGCAAUCUCAUAAUUAGUGAUUCUCGCGAGUACCCAUACAAGAGGUACCGAGAUGCAGGACAUCCGUAUAACACCUGGAACAUCACACCUGACACAUCGCGAUUUGACGAGGGUGUGUUGAGCGCCCUCUCCAAGUCUGCAGAUGACACCAAGUUAUGGGGCCAAAUCAACGCACCGGAGGGCAGGCAGCACAUGCAGGCCGACCUGGACAGGUUGGAUCCGUGGGCAGAACGAAACAGGAUGCAGUUCAACACAGACACGUGUGAGGCUGCACCUGGGGAGGAGGAACCCCCGCACACCCGCAGGGAGGGGGAUGCAUGUCCUCCGCAGCAGCUCGGAUCUCGAUUCAUGGCCGACUCCAAGACGAGCACGAGCCGGCAGUGCGGCGCGGCCAUCAGCACGGCCAUCCGCGCCGUGUCGUGCGAGAGCAGGGUCCUGGCCGACAGCGCGACGCUCCCCUCCGCGCGGCCAGGCCGCAGGGGCAGGGCCGUGUCCGGGCCUGGGCGCCGCGCCUCAGGGGGGACGCGGUGA